UGACCUAUCGCUUUCUGGAUCUAGGGUUUUCUCGCUUCUUCAACACCAAAACACAAACCCUAAAAACCAUUGAUUGUUUUUUCUUUUUUUAAAUAUUUUCUCCUAGACGGGAAAAUUAGAAAAGCAAAAUCGAAAAUCAACAAAUCAAUCGAGGCGAAGAAGAAAGCAAGCGAGAAAAGAAAGAAGCCAUCCAUUAUUAGGGUUUUUCAAAUUUUUUUUUUCAGAUCAAACACCCAAAAAAUUCACAGAUCUACGUAAACAAAUCUGACCAAAAAAAAGGAGAAACCCUAAUUUUUGCCUUUGAUCCUUCAAUUUGGUUUCAGUUUAUUGUUAUUGAACUUGCAAUCUGCAAAAAAUCUGGUCAAAUCUUAAAGAAUUCGAAUCGAUCGAAACAACUAGUAAAAACUUUGUGUUUUGUUUUGUUGUUGUUGUUGAUGAACGAGAUUUUGAUGAGAAAUUGAACGAGAAAUUGAGGAUCUGAAUCUGAUGACGAGUAUGUACAAAUCGGUUGUGUAUCGAGGGGAGGAGGUGUUGGGGGAGGUGGAGAUUUAUCCACAACAACAACUACAACAACAACAACAGCUAAGGGAAGAAGAAGAUGAGAGGAAAAUAAUGGUGAUGGAAGAAGAAAUGAAGGAAAUCAGAAUAGAAUAUUUGACGCAAGGCAGUGAGAGAUGUCCACCACUGGCAGUGCUACAUACCAUUACUAGUAGUGGGAUUUGCUUCAAAAUGGAAUCGUCAAAGGACAACAACUACUCUUCUUCUCAGGACUCGCCUCCGCUUCAUCUUUUGCACUCCGAAUGUAUCAGAGACAACAAGACUGCAGUGAUGCCUAUGGGAGAUUGUGAGCUCCAUUUGGUUGCAAUGUAUUCUAGGAAUAGUGACAGACCCUGUUUCUGGGGAUUCAAUGUCUCAAGGGGACUCUAUGAUUCUUGUCUUGUCAUGUUGAACCUUAGAUGUCUUGGGAUUGUAUUUGAUCUGGAUGAAACUCUCAUUGUUGCGAAUACAAUGCGCUCAUUUGAGGACAGAAUAGAAGCUUUGCAGCGAAAGAUGACCACCGAGGUUGAUCCGCAACGUGUUGCGGGUAUGGUGGCAGAGAUGAAGCGUUAUCAAGAUGAUAAGGCCAUAUUAAAGCAGUAUGCAGAGAAUGAUCAGGUUGUCGAAAAUGGGAAGGUCAUCAAGAUUCAGUCUGAGGUUGUUCCUGCCUUGUCUGACAAUCACCAACCUAUUAUUCGACCGCUCAUUCGAUUGCAAGAGAAAAACAUUAUUCUGACACGCAUUAAUCCACAGAUUCGUGAUACUAGUGUUCUUGUGAGAUUGAGACCUGCAUGGGAGGAUCUUCGAAGCUACUUGACUGCGAGAGGGCGUAAACGUUUUGAGGUUUAUGUUUGUACAAUGGCUGAAAGGGAUUAUGCUCUGGAAAUGUGGAGACUUCUUGAUCCAGAGUCAAAUUUGAUAAAUUCGAAAGAAUUGUUGGAUCGUAUUGUCUGUGUCAAGUCUGGUUCUAGGAAAUCCUUAUUUAAUGUGUUUCAAGAUGGAAUAUGCCAUCCAAAAAUGGCACUGGUUAUUGAUGAUCGCUUAAAAGUUUGGGAUGAGAAAGACCAACCUCGUGUGCAUGUUGUUCCAGCAUUUGCCCCGUACUAUGCUCCCCAAGCUGAAGCAAAUAAUACUAUCCCAGUUUUAUGCGUUGCAAGAAAUGUUGCUUGCAAUGUUAGAGGCGGGUUUUUCAGAGAAUUUGAUGAAGGCCUUUUACAAAGAAUACCUGAAAUUUCAUAUGAAGAUGAUAUUAAAGAUAUUCCUUCACCUCCGGAUGUGGGCAACUAUUUGGUCUCAGAGGAUGACACUUCUGCUUUGAAUGGAAACAAAGAUCCACUUCUAUUUGAUGGCAUGGCAGAUGCUGAGGUUGAAAGAAGACUAAAGGAGGCAAUUUCAGCUACAUCAACAGUCUCUUCAGCAGCCAUUAACCUAGAUCCAAGGCUCACCCCUUCUCUUCAGUACACCAUGCCAUCUUCUUCUAGUUCAAUUCCACCAUCAGCAAGUCAGCCUUCCAUAGUCUCAUUUUCCAACAUGCAGUUUCCUCUGGCAGCUCCAGUGGUUAAACCAGUGGCUCCUGUUGCAGUCCCAGAACCAAGCUUGCAAAGUUCCCCAGCUAGAGAAGAAGGUGAGGUUCCAGAAUCAGAAUUGGACCCUGAUACAAGGAGGAGGCUUCUGAUUUUGCAACAUGGGCAAGAUACAAGAGAUCACACACCACCUGAACCUGCAUUUCCGCCUGUAAGACCUACAAUGCAAGUUUCAGUUCCACGUGGGCAAUCACGUGGAAGUUGGUUUGCUGCAGAGGAAGAGAUGAGCCCACGACAACUGAACCGAGCAGCUCCCAAAGAAUUUCCUUUAGAUUCUGAACGAAUGCAUAUUGAGAAACAUCGACAUCCACCCUUUUUCCCUAAGGUUGAAAGUUCUAUUCCAUCUGAUAGACUUCUUCGUGAAAAUCAAAGAUUGUCAAAAGAGGCACUUCAUAGAGAUGAUCGCUUGGGGUUAAACCAUACACCAUCUAGUUAUCAUUCAUUUUCAGGUGAGGAGAUGCCCCUUAGCCAAUCAUCGUCUAGCCACAGGGAUCUUGACUUUGAAUCCGGACGAACUGUUACAAGUGGAGAAACUUCAGCUGGAGUUUUACAAGAUAUUGCAAUGAAGUGCGGAGCCAAGGUGGAAUUUAGACCAGCUUUGGUUGCUAGCCUGGACCUGCAAUUCUCCAUUGAGGCUUGGUUUGCUGGGGAGAAAGUUGGUGAAGGAGUCGGUAGAACAAGAAGAGAAGCACAACGUCAGGCUGCUGAGGAGUCCAUAAAAAACUUAGCUAAUACAUACUUGUCACGUAUUAAGCCUGAUUCUGGGUCUGCUGAAGGGGAUUUAAGUAGGUUGCACAACAUAAACGAUAAUGGCUUUCCCGGUAAUGUGAAUUCUUUUGGGAACCAGCUAUUGGCUAAAGAGGAAUCUUUGUCAUUUUCAACUGCAUCAGAACAAUCUAGGCUUGCUGAUCCAAGACUAGAAGGCUCCAAGAAAUCUAUGGGUUCAGUCACUGCACUUAAAGAAUUAUGCAUGAUGGAGGGCCUUGGGGUAGUUUUUCAACCACAGCCUCCAUCUUCAUCUAAUGCAUUGCAGAAAGAUGAAGUAUAUGCACAGGUGGAAAUAGAUGGGCAGGUUUUAGGGAAAGGGACUGGGUUGACAUGGGAAGAGGCUAAGAUGCAGGCUGCUGAAAAGGCCCUUGGAAGUUUAAGAUCAAUGCUUGGUCAAUAUAGUCAGAAACGUCAGGGUUCUCCAAGGUCAUUGCAAGGUAUGCAAAAUAAACGCCUAAAGCCGGAGUUUCCCAGAGUUCUGCAGCGGAUGCCCUCUUCUGGUAGAUACCCCAAGAAUGCUCCUCCGGUUCCUUGAAGACCUAAAAGCCUUCUGGUAGAUAUCUCAUUUUGAUAGUGAAGCAGCUGUUGUGACUUCUGUACAGUACACAAUAUAGACAACGGGGUGAGGGCUAUUGAUGACCUGCAACCCAAGUUGACUGUUAAACCUUGGUGUUUCUUGCAUAACAUGUCUGAAGCCCGACAGAUGAGAGUUGUCAAUGACUUAAAAUUCUCCAGAAAGCAUGAGGAGAUGUUCAGGAUUUGCAUUCACCAUCUUAUCCUCGCCUCGUGGACAUUCAUUCAGACAGAUGAUAAAUUCGGUAAUGUAAUGGUUUUUCUCCUCAAAAAUGCUUAGCAACCCACAGCCACAAGGUGGCAAAAAGGGAGGUGUAACAUAGCUCUCUACUCGCUGCUGCAUGUGCCAAAUUCUUGGCGGAACUUGGUUUUUUCUUGAAGCAGUAGUAACGGAAUACUGGCACUGAUAUGCAAGACACAGGGCACAGGCACUGCUUCUUGUUGUCAUUGAAAGACUCAACAGCGCUUUCUAACCAUAGCCCAGAGCCCAACUAACUGGUUUGCUAUCUCUGUCCAUCCGUGAGAAAAAAACCAAAGAACAAAUUACACUUAGAAACCAGAGUCUUGACAUUGGUGAAAUUUGUCCACUUCUCUGAGCUCAUGUAAUACAAUUUUUGAUGAUCUACGACGUGUUUGGUUUUCCU